AAAAGGGAACGUCAAAAUAAGGAUUUUUAGUUUUCGUAUUAGCAACGUUUUCCACAAUUUGUUUAAUAAAUUAUAAUUAAACUUUUAUAAAAAUGGAUGUGCGUCCAAAUCAAACAAUUUAUAUUAACAAUCUAAAUGAAAAGAUUAAGAAGGAAGAACUGAAAAAAUCACUGUACGCCAUUUUUUCACAAUUUGGACAAAUACUAGAUAUAGUGGCGCUAAAAACGCUAAAAAUGCGUGGUCAGGCGUUUGUAAUUUUUAAAGAAAUCGGAAGUGCGUCGAAUGCACUACGAACAAUGCAGGGAUUUCCAUUUUAUGACAAACCAAUGCGCAUCGCUUAUUCCAAGACAGACAGUGAUAUAGUGGCCAAAAUAAAAGGUACAUUCAAAGAGCGUCCAAAGAAGGUUAAACCACCAAAGCCGGCACAAGCCACAGAGGAUAAAAAGGAUAAAAAGAAGAAGGCGGCAAAUGCAGAAAAUACGAAUCCUAAUACACAAACUGAACAACCACCCAAUCAAAUUCUUUUCCUCACCAAUUUGCCAGAGGAAACAAAUGAAAUGAUGCUUUCUAUGUUAUUCAAUCAAUUCCCUGGCUUCAAAGAGGUGCGUUUGGUUCCAAAUCGUCACGAUAUUGCCUUCGUCGAAUUUGCCACCGAAUUACAAAGUAACGCUGCCAAAGAGGCGCUGCAAGGUUUCAAAAUAACACCUUCACAUGCUAUGAAGAUCACAUUUGCCAAAAAGUGAAAAUCCGAUCACAAGCAUGAGGGUAUCUUUACGAUCUAUAUAUUUAAAUUUAAUAUAGCACUAGUGUUCUUUAUGGCUACCCUCACAUGUUGUGCUCGGUUAUGUGCAAAAAUUUUGUUUAUAUUUAGAAUUUAAUAUGAUGAAACAAUAAAUCUGAACAAACAUAACAGUUAAAUAAUGAAUUGAUUAAAGUUAUCCUCAAUAUCCCUUUGAAUACAUAUUUCAAUAUGCUUUUAUAAAUUAUAAUAGUACAUAGCUAGCACAAUGACAUGUGAGGGUGAAUCUUCUGAUAAUCUGAAGUUACAUAGUACAUUGAAGUGUACCAUAUUUCUUCUGGAAAUUAAGUAAAUGCCAAUUUGGCAGUGGAAUGUGUAAAAA